CUUGACUGGGUAAUGUUCACCAUCCGCUGCACCAUUAGCGCGCUGACCUUCUUGGCACAGCCUGCAUAUGCACUGUCUUGUUGUGGCUAUCGGGCGAGAGACACUCAAGAGUUCCGGUCGGUCAGCCUUGCAAGCGGCUACAAUUUAAUAAUAGCAUUCAGCCUACCUACCCUUUUGUCGAUCGAGAAGGUCUUUUUAUUCACUUCCACCGUUAAUAGGCAGGAAAAAGCAGAAUACGAAAAACAAAAAGAUAAAAACAUACAACAGCCGGGAUUCGCUGGUGGUCACCCACCCAACUACUAACCGGCCGGCGUGAGGCUUAAGUACGGCUGAGCGGACGGGAAGCCCUGUUCUCCUCACCCUGUGGUCGUAUGUACUUGAAGCUAUCAAAGUAUGGGACAUGUAGAGCGAGAUAUUGAAUCGAUGAGUACUGAGGGGAGUUAAUAUCUUGGCAACCACACAACAUUAUUGAUCCCCCGUACCCAGCUAAAUAAGGAGAAAAUCGCGAUAAGCUGUAAAAC